GCCACUGUUGGAAACAGAAUGGCUACAGAGAAGGUUUCCGAUCCCGCCAACAUUAAUUUAAGGAUUACGCCCAUUAAACGGACAAACAGUGCGAAGAAUCAAUACUUGGCGACAUUUUUUCUGAACCUACUAGCCAUCAGCUAUGGAUCAAGUGCCGGGUGGAUGUCACCAUCCAUUCCGAUUCUGAAGUCAAGCGAGUCUCCUCUGAAAAGCGGGCCGAUCACAACGGAGGAGGGGGCGUGGAUCGGAGCAACACUCUGUGUUGGUGGAUUGGUUGGUAACAUUGUUUCGGGAUGGAUGGCCGACCGAUACGGUCGAAAGUGGACAGCCUACAUGGCAGUUGUUCCACAAAUUGGGUCAUGGAUAAUGAUCAUAGUUGCAGAUAACGUGUACUAUCUGAUUGCUAUGCGAUUUUUGUCAGGAUUUGGAGGUGGUGUUUGUUACAUGAUCAAUCCAAUGUUCAUCGCAGAAAUUGCUGAAGACAGAAUUCGUGGAUUGCUCGGUUCGACCUUAGUACUUUCCAGCAAUCUUGGUCUUUUGAUUAUGUACACUUUAGGGGCUUUUCUACCAUACAGCGUUGUACCGUACAUACUUAUUGUCAUACCAGUAGUUUUCCUUAUUGGAUUUACGACAAUCCCAGAUACGCCUUUCCAUUUCAUGAGGAAAAGCAAAUAUCAGAGAUCUGAAAAUUCAUUAAAAUUUUACCGUGGCUAUCCGGCCGGAACCGAACAUGUCUCAGUAGAGUUUCAGCAGGAGCUACUCAAACUCAAGGACUAUUACGGGAACGAGAGACAAGUUACCCGAAAAAAUCAAAUCACUUGGCACGAUUUAAAAACACCUCACGCCAGGAAGGCAUUCCUGAUAGGAAUCAGUUUGAUGGCUUUCAAUCAAUUUUGCGGUUGUUUCGCAAUGCUCAACUACACGGAAACUAUUUUUGAGGAAUCGGGUUCAACGCUGUCGGCGAACAAAUCGGCCAUCGUUACGGGUUCAUUGCAGAUUGUCGGAUCGUACUUUUCCACGCUCCUAGUCGAACGUGCCGGACGGAAGAUGCUCCUGAUAAUCUCCGGCACCGGCAUGGCAAUAGGACUAUCGAUUUUCUCCGGCUAUUUUUACGCCAAAGCUCUCGGCUACAAUGUGGAAUCGUUCAAUUGGCUCCCAUUGAUUUGCUUCUCGUUUGUAAUUUUUAUAGCCUCGAUAGGGGUCCUGCCGUUACCGUUCCUCGUUCUGGCUGAAUUGGUACCGCAGAAGAUCAAAGAAUUCAUAUUUAGUACGUGUAUGAGUCUCUCUUGGAUAUUUGCAUUCAUCGCUGUCAAGUAUUUUGCUACGCUAUUCGGCAUGCUCGGAAUGCACGGAGCGAUGCUGCUGUUUGCUGUUUGUUCAGCUAGUGGGGCGUUUUUUGUGGCACUCGUUGUCCCGGAGACCAAAGGUAAGAGUUUGGAUGCCAUAGCAAAACUGAUGAUUAACCUCCUGUCGAUAAGCUACGGAAUAUGCUGCGGCUGGACCUCUCCAUCGCUCCCGCUUCUCCAGUCACAAGACUCCCCUCUCCCCGGUGGACCAAUCACAUCGGAGGAAGCCUCCUGGAUCGGAGCCUUCCUGUGCGUCGGAGGCUUCACCGGAAACAUCAUAUCCGGAUGUAUGGCCGAUCGCUUCGGUCGUAAAUUAACAGCCUGUCUCGCGGCGAUUCCCCAAAUCAUUGCGUGGGUAUUAGUAAUCGUUGCGAAAAACGUUUACUACUUGAUGGGAAUGCGAUUCUUGUUGGGCUUCUCCGGGGGAGUCUGCUUUAUGAUAAUUCCAACGUUCAUCGCAGAAGUCGCUGAGGACAGAAUACGCGGAAUGCUGGGUUCUACUUUGGUAUUCACUUGCAACUUGGGAAUUUUAUUGAUGUACAUUCUUGGUGACUGCCUACCCUAUGAUUUAAUCCCGUGGCUACUGCUCGUGUUUCCCCUAGCUUUCCUCGCAGGGUUCCUAUUCAUACCGGAUACGCCGUACUAUUUAAUGAAGAACAAUGACUUCACGGAAUCGGAAAAUUCUCUACGAUUCUAUAGAGGUUAUCCUGUUAAGGCGGAAUACGUUUCCACUGAGUUUAAAAUGGAACUGGUUAAGUUGAAGGACUCACUAAGUGACGACAAGUGCACCCCGCAAGACACUAAAAUUACAUUCCAAGAUUUAGCUAGCAACCAUGCCCGGAAGGCAUUCCUAAUUGGAAUCAGUCUGAUGGCACUCAAUCAAUUUUGUGGAUGUUUUUCGAUGCUCAAUUACACGGCGUCUAUUUUCAGUGAAUCAGGUUCAACAUUGUCGGCCAACUUAUCCGCUAUUGUAAUUGGUUCGAUUCAAAUGGUUGGAUCGUAUUUUUCCACGGUAUUUGUCGAGCGAGCUGGACGAAAGCUGCUGUUGAUAAUCUCGGCCGUUGGAAUCACAAUCGGACAGGCCAUCUUUGCCGGUUUCUCGUAUGCCAAAAGUCUCGGCUACAACGUGGAAUCCUUCGACUGGCUGCCUCUGGUGUGCUUCUCGUUCAGCAUCUUCAUUGGCUCGGUGGGUGUCCUGACGUUGCCGUUUCUGGUACUGGCCGAGGUGAUGCCACAAAAGAUCAAGGGAUUCGCCAUCAGCUUUUGCAUGGGGAUACUGUGGAUUUUUGCGUUCGUUGCAAUCAAGUACUUUUCAACGCUGUUCGACGUGCUCGGAAUGCAUGGAACGAUGAUGCUAUUUUCGCUUUGCUCACUGGCUGGAGCACUGUUUGUGGCUUUCGCAGUUCCUGAAACCAAAGGAAAGAGCCUGGAUGCCAUCGCCAAACUGAUGAGCUGAGAAAAAAUUGAAUCAAAUGCAGCUGUGAUUGUCCUUUUCUUUUUAGGUUUACAUUCAUACAAUCAGUGAUAAUAGUCUAAAGCAAUGGGAUAUUUUUGUUGAGGGAAUAAAUUUACUCUGGGAACGAAUGCCUGUUCUAUUCUUAACUAACAGAAAAUGGAGAAUAAUAAUUUUAUUUAUAUUUAGGUAUAUCAUAUUUAUUCUUUCCUUCCACUCCUUCUAUAGAAGUGGCCAACAUAAAUUUUAUUCCACUAUAUUUAUCCAAACUUUACAAUUCUAUUGAUAUGAAACAAUAUACUGAAACAGUGCGGUUCAUUUAAUUAUAGUUACAUAGGAA